AUGGCCCAGUUCUACAAGCUGAACCCAACCGUUCAGUCUGACUGUUACGCUUUCGCGCCUGGAGAGACCUACUGCCGCAGGACGAAUGCCGAGAUCCCCGUGUCCGAGGACGGUGGGUGUGGACUGCGCACAGGGAACAACGUCACCUGCAUCAACUCUGGAUUUGGAGACUGUUGUGGUGCUGAUAACCGUUGCGGUUCUACAGACGCUUCCUGUGCCAUCGGAAAUUGCCAGGAAGGAAACUGCCCAGGUCUUGGUUACAGUUUCAACGGGUCUUGCGGCAAAGACUUUGGCUUUCUGGAGUGCGGCGGGAAAUGGGGCAAGUGCUGCUCCAACGCAGGAAAGUGCGGCAGCACUGCAGCCGAGUGUGGUGCCGGCAAAUGCCAGUCCGGCGCAUGCGAUGGUUCAGCAGUAACGACAUCAAAAGCACCAGUCACCACCGCUACUGCGACGUCUACAAAGCCCGCACCCACGCCAUUCACCCCCAGCCCUGACGGAACAUGCGGCUACGACAACAAGUACAAGUGCACCGACACAAAGUACAACUAUGGCAACUGCUGCGGCGCUGCGGGCUACUGUGGUUUCUCGGACUGGAAUGCAGCAACCUCCAAGGCUGGUAUGCCGAGAAUGGACCCUGAUCCAGAAGGAGAUUCGAUCUUGCUGACCCGUCUCUACUCACAAUAUAGUCAGUCUGAGUACGGUCUUUGCGAUACAACGGUUCUCGUCAGCGGUGCCCCCAAGACUACGUCCACAUCUCCCGUUACCACGACGCAACCAACGACGACAAGCACUUCCAAGCCCGUAGCCGUCCAGAAGUCUGGCUCCUACGAGCUGGUAGGUUGCUGGAACAGGCCGCCUAACGCUCGUGCCCUCAGCAUUUCCUACACGGAUGACUUGAUGACGGUCGAAAAGUGCCUCGCCAAGGCCGCGGGCUACGCAUAUGCCGGUGUCGAAUUCGGCAAGGAGUGCUGGUACAGCAACACCGUCGACGGCGGUUACUCUGUCGACCUCUCCGCGUGCAACAUGCCGUGCCCCGGAGCCCCCGACAAGCAGCUCUGCGGUGCCGGUAACCGCAUGCUCAUGUACAAACUACCCGGAAACACGGUGCCUCAGCCCACCCAGCCGGCUCAGAUAGUCGUGGGCACCAGGGUCGCUAUCCGCUGGUACUAUGUCGAGUGCCGCACCGAUGGCAGCGCAAGCCGAUCAUUGACGGGCGCCCAAUACUCACAGGCCAACAUGACGUUGCACGAAUGUGCUAACCUCUGCCUUGGCUUUGACUACUUUGGAGCCGAGUUUGGGAAAGAAUGUUACUGCGGAGACACUUUCGCUGCUGGGUCCACCGUGUCAGCGAACGACUGCACCCUGACCUGCGUUGGGAAUCGGGAUCAGUACUGUGGUGCAGGCAACAGAAUGUCGGUAUACCAGAACAGAUAA